CGUAGCACGUCCAAGUGCGCCGCCCAGACGAGUGGCCAAAGUUUGGACAAGUCUGACUCGCACAUACCGCUGAGUGAAGCCGCAUCCUCCACGCGUGGACUAAAACUCCUCUCAAGCUUUUAUUUUACAACAACACUUACCGCUUUGAAAAGGCGCUGAACCUCGAGUAAGCAUCCAGUUCCAGGAGAUUCCCCAUAUCCUGCCUCCAAACCCACCGAAACGAGAACUGGAGUCCAACAUGGAAUCGUUAAGCUCUCUUCUCUGCCUUGUUGUAGUUGUGUCAGCCUCCCGUCCAAUGUGUGAACCCGUGGAUGUAAGCGAUAAUUCUUGGAUUCGCGUCAGAGAGUUGCAACUUGGCUGUUGGACCAGCUUCUUAGGACAGGACAAUGCCGAGGUCCACAUCCUCAAGCUCAACUUUGCUGCAACGGAUGGCAAGUUCUUCUCUCUGGAGAUGCCAGACGCCAAGCCAAUGAACCUGAUCAUCACAUCUUCAGACACGGCCUACGGUCUUUAUAAGAUCAACGUUGGCAUUAAUAUUUAUAAAAGCAACACAUCCGCACUGGUCCUGUACGGCAAUGAACAUGGCAGCAAUGUUCACGACGUUGACGUCCCAGAUGAGGACGAGGAACUGGUGAGGUGGACGACUCGCAAGUUUGGCGGCGUCACUUCCUUUACCACUGUGGAAAAUCUUAAAGUGAUGUACUCCAGGCCCACGGAAGGAACAAAAGGCGGUUCUCGUGAGUGCGUGCUCCAAAGCGAAGAUCCGUCAGAGAAACACUUCAUGAAGAUUGAAGCAGCACCAUUGACGUCUUCGUUUAAGUCCUGCUCACCGCCACUUGAGCGGGAGAAGCAGCGGCAACGCGCCUCCGUUGCCAACGCCGACGCACCGGAACUUCAUAUCAUCAAUAUCCCCGAGGAUGCCAAUAUUCGCAACGUGUCAGUUCGUGUAGACACAAAGAAGUCCAGCGUGUUCUUGAGGGGUCCUCAGGGCACUACGUGGACCUUCCUUAACCCGCAGCACACUAUGUUCUGGUCCAACAAUGAGGUUGUGCUACCCGGCAUGCCCCCCAGAAUCCAACCCCUGUUUGAGCUGCGCAGCGACAAGGCAGAGGUCGUACAAAAGAAGGCUUUGGAGUAUUUUAAAGCCGAUGCCUUCACCAGCUAUACCGAAAUGAGGCCUGAGGGUUCCCAGUUGUUACUGGUGCUCGGUCGAGACGGCCCAGCAGUUACAGAAACAGUAACAGAGGCAGUGAAGUUAACCACACCGGAGCCUCAUCAGAUGCCUUUGCUCAUGCAACUCUACACCUCACCUGAUUACCGCUCGCCCCUGGAUCCAAAUACCAAGGUGCAGAGCGACAAGAGAAUCUAUGCUGAGAUUUCGGGGCACACUUUGGGUGACAUCGUCCUGACCAUCAAAGUGAUAAGCUGCUUCGUGCGCUCCAAAGGCUCCUGUCCAGUAGUCCAAGAGCUUCCCUUCAUACCAGAGUUCUGCUCCUCCAAUUCGUGUCCCAACAGCACACGACUCAGCUUCUCCUUGGAUCAACUGCAAGAGCUCAGCUCCACUACUUGGGACCUGGAAUGUUCUGUCAAACUGUGCUACAGCGAGAAAUGUGGCGAUGGAGGACGUGUGAAAAGGAACUUGGAGGUCACACAGCCAUGUCAACAAACACUGAAUACUCCCUGCUUUGAUUUCGGCCUCCCCGCCAUCCUGGGCAUCGCUUUUGGAGGAUUUCUUAUAGGAGUGUUACUAAUUGGUGCGCUGUGGUUUAUUAAAAUCAAAACAGGCUACCCGACCGGACUGGACAUGGCUUCCUCCCUGCCUUCCGGUUGUCCCUGCUCGGGAGCGAAGCAGCAGCCCGUGUCGUCGAACCCCUCUGCCUCGGAGAACAGCAGCGCUAACGCGAGCAUCGGCAGCACCCAGAGCACACCCACAAGUAGCAUGGCUUGAGGUUAGGGCAAGCGGAACACCGUCACUAGAGACUGAAUCGCCUGCCCCCUUUAAACUUAGUUAAAUUGUAGAUUUCUUUCAUAAAGAGUCUCCCCACACCACCCCUUUUUGAUUUUUUUUUUUUUUAUAAUUCAAACAUCUUUGACAUACAAGCCCGGAAUUGAUGCAAUCGGGCUGUUUGUGUUGUCGGCUGGCGGCGGUGUCUAAUGGAUGGCGUGUGACGCUAACCUCUGCGGUCUCCCUUUAAAGUGCAGCUUCCAGACAGGAAGUUAAAGAGGGCAAGAGGAAAGAAAAAACAAAUUGGCUCCCAGCAACAGGAAAAACAAACCCUGUCUCCCCCUCGGGGGCCAGCAGGAAAUUCACCGCAUUCCUCCGCCAAUUGUGACGGUUGCGAUCGCCGGUGCAAUCAAAGUUUGUACGGCAGGAGAUCAAGCGAAUGGCAGAUGUGGAAAAAAAGGCUAGCUGGCUGCGUCCAAACGGUUAGUGAAAGACCUUAAAUGCUCCCCGACAGAGGUACCUGUCUCUAUAUUUGUCGUCGCCCCUUACGACAUAUGCGCAGCUAGCAAAAAUGAACAAAUCCCGACAAAACAAAAACACCAAACUGGAAUAGAGUAUUUAUUAGGACUAGCUGCAUCCUGUUUGUUUUUGAUACUUAGAAUUUAUCCCCAUAUUUUCAGCCAACCUUGACAACAUAUCUUUCUGGUAUUAUAACCUUGUAGUUUUUUAAUCAAGAGACCGUAGAUGAAGCAAAUAAACAGACGUAAAAAAGCGUUUUGCCAAUGUUUGCGUCCAAACGAUUAGCAAAAACAGUUCUCCCUCAUAAAAAAAUAUUCGACUCCCUGUUGCUCAUUAUAAGCAAAUUUGACAAUAACAACUAACGUAUAUUAGUUCCGAAAUGUUCCAAAUUGUGAUGAGUGGUUGAAACGUUGGCUAACUGCUUUCAAACAGUUAGCAGGACUUCUUAAAAGCACUCUGACACAAGUACUGUAUUUGUUUCCGUAUUUCUUGUUGCACUUUUUGCCAAAUUAUCGUAACUACCAACAGUUCGUAUUUCAGCCUACCAAGAAAGAAGUGACCGAUGUAAAUUUUUCAAUUACCGACAAACUCAAAUGUUUUCUAAAAGACACCUCUUUUUCCAUAAUUCCUGUUGCCAACCUAAAAACUGAUGGAAAAAAAAGAUGUCCAAUAUAUUUUAACUGGUACUCUCAGUUAAAAUUUCAUUGGCCUAUCGCCAUCAGUAUUAGCGAAAAGGUUCAUAGCAGAUUUGUUGCGAUCCAGUAAAAGAAGGGAGAAAAUGCAGAUAUACAGAAUGGCUAACUGCUUAAAAACAGUUAGCCUUGCUAAAAACACCCCUUAAAAGUGGUCGCUGUCUCCAUAUUUCCCUUCACCACCGCUAGCAGCUCUGAUAUUCUCUUCUACCGCUGGAAAAAAAUUAUGAAUCACUGAAAGAUUGACUGUAGCAGCCAGUUACACUUUAGGACAUGUAGCAAUUGUCAGAUGGCACAACCCUUUCUUGACAAAGUCAUCUGCUGGACACAAGCUGCAAAAUGGAUUACCCUCAUUUUUUGAAACCCCAUGUUUCAAAGAUAUGUAACGUAAUAAAUAUAUAUAUUUUUUUUUUAAUCUUUGCAUAUUACUGUUACAGCCACAAUGUGAUUGAAAUGUUUCUUUUCAUUUAAUAGAUUCAAACAAUGAAUUCCAGCUGAUUUCUUUUAACAAUUAACUGUUAUUGAUAUGUUAUUUGAUCGACGUUUCCAUAGCAACACUGUGUUUUGCUGCUGUCCAAUGAAAAGCAAGUAUUUGUCCUCCACUCGAAAGGCCAUAGUUGGUGUUUUUUCCAAGAAAGAACUUAUGAUAUUUUUAUUAGGGAGUAAAAAAAAAAAAACAAAUGUUUUUUUCUGUGUUCCCCUGCCCUCUGGAAAGACGGUCUAUAUAAAAAAAUUAAGUAGUUUUGGUUCUUUUUCACAGAAGUUAACAUACGUUUUUUAUAAAUUAUAUUUAAAAAUACUUUGAAAAAUACUAAAUAGUCAUACAUUGGAGAAAAAAAUCCUAUUUGUUUUGUAGAAAAUGUAAUCAUUCCAGUUUUUCAAAGGAGGAAAAAAAGCAAAUAUAUUUUCAAAAAUCCUGAAAAAAACAACAAAAUAAAAAACAUUUACAGCAGAAGAAAAAAAUGUCUUUUUUUGUGAAAAAAAAAAAACAUCCAAAUCGUGAUUUUUGUUUUGGAAAAACUAGUCUUUUUUUUUUUUUUUUU